AUGGACGAUGUAGAACAGUACUCUAGAAGAGAGACUAUUGAAAUCUACGGUGUGCCUGUCCAGCCUGGAGAGCAAGUUCUGGAAGUAGUGAAAUCUGUUGGGAGGGCUUUGGACAUAACCAUUGAGGACUCAAUGGUCAGUGCCUGUCAGAGGCUGCGUGUGAAGGAGGAGUCUGGAAGACCACCCGGCAUCAUAGUGAAGAUGACAUCUCGCAUGGACUCUGAAGCUGUGUUGCAGAGACGACUGGUGAAACGGAACUUCUCGACCCACCACAUUGGCCUGACUUCAACACCUGCCUCGCCCAUCUACAUCAAUGAAAGUUUGAGCCCUGGAAGACGUCGACUUCUGAACGCCGCCCGUGAAAAGAAAAAAGAAAAACUCUACACCUACCUCUGGAUAAAAGGUGGGAAGAUCCUGAUGAGAAAAGCGGACGGAGAAAAAGUGAAAGUUAUCACCAGCUUAGACGACUUAGCCAAAUUUGUGACAGAGAGAGAAGAUAUCAAAUCAGCUGAUGUAUUGAUUUUCAAUGUCAAGGUCAACGGCCUAGAGAACUUUACCGUGAUAGCCGUGUAUCGUCUGCACACUAGUAGGCGAGCGGAUUUCACGCAACAGCUGAGUGUUUUGUUUGGAUGA